GUUUACGAAACUGCAAAAAGCCUUGCAUUGCAUCCUGAACGAGUAUUGGUAGCAACAGGACAAGUUGGGAAAGAGCCUUAUAUCUGUGUUUGGGAUUCAUACACGGUACAGACCAUAUCGGUUCUGAAGGAUGUUCAUACACAUGGUAUAGCUUGCUUAGCAUUCGACUUAGAUGGCCAGCGCUUGGUUUCAGUUGGACUCGAUUCAAAAAAUGCAGUUUGUGUUUGGGAUUGGAAAAGGGGGAAAAUGUUAUCUAUGGCUCCUGGUCACACAGAUAGAAUAUUUGAUAUUUCUUGGGAUUUGUACCAGCCAAAUAAACUUGUCAGCUGUGGUGUAAAACAUAUCAAGUUCUGGAGUUUAUGUGGAAAUGCUCUGACCCCAAAACGAGGAGUCUUUGGUAAGACUGGCGACCUUCAAACAAUAUUGUGCCUGGCCUGUGCAAGGGAUGAGUUAACAUAUUCUGGUGCACUCAAUGGGGAUAUAUAUGUAUGGAAAGGAAUCAAUCUCAUACGAACAAUACAAGGGGCCCAUACUGCAGGAAUUUUUAGCAUGAAUGCUUGUGAAGAAGGCUUUGCCACUGGUGGCAGAGAUGGCUGUAUUCGUCUUUGGGAUUUAACUUUUAAACCAAUUACUGUGAUUGAUCUCAGGGAAACAGACCAGGGAUACAAAGGUUUGUCUGUGAGGAGUGUUUGUUGGCGAGGUGACCACAUUCUAGUUGGAACACAGGACAGUGAAAUUUUUGAAAUUGUGGUGCAUGAAAGAAAGAAACCCUUCCUAAUUAUGCAAGGGCAUUGUGAGGGUGAACUCUGGGCACUUGCCAUCCAUCCUACAAAACCUUUGGCCGUGACUGGAAGUGAUGAUCGUUCAGUCAGGAUAUGGAGCCUAGUAGAUCAUGCAUUAAUAGCAAGGUGUAAUAUGGAAGAACCAAUUCGUUGUGCAGCUGUAAAUGUAGAUGGAAUCCAUCUUGCCCUUGGAAUGAAGGAUGGCUCAUUCACUGUACUUAGAGUAAGAGAUAUGACGGAAGUUGUACAUAUUAAAGAUAGGAAAGAGGCAAUUCAUGAGUUAAAAUAUUCACCAGAUGGAACUUACCUUGCUGUUGGAUGCAACGACAGCUCAGUUGAUAUUUAUGGAGUUUCUCAGCGUUACAAAAAAAUGGGGGAAUGUGUGGGAUCACUUAGUUUCAUCACUCAUCUGGACUGGUCCUCAGACAGUAGAUACUUGCAGACUAAUGAUGGAAAUGGUAAAAGACUUUUUUAUAGGAUGCCAGGAGGUAAAGAAGUGACAAAUAAAGAUGAAACAAAAGGUGUUCACUGGGCUUCAUGGACAUGUGUUUCAGGCCUUGAAGUAAAUGGAAUUUGGCCCAAGUAUUCAGAUAUUAAUGAUAUAAAUUCAGUAGAUGGAAACUAUAUUGGACAAGUUUUAGUUACAGCUGAUGACUAUGGAAUUGUAAAAUUAUUUCGAUAUCCUUGUUUAAGAAAAGGGGCCAAGUUUAGAAAAUAUAUUGGCCAUUCGGCUCACGUAACUAAUGUCAGAUGGUCACAUGAUCAUCAGUGGGUUAUUUCUAUCGGUGGAGCAGAUCACGCCGUCUUUCAGUGGAGAUUUAUUCCUGAAAGAAAACUAAAAGAUGCUCUUCACAUAGCACCCCAAGAAAGUCUUGCUGACUCUAAUAGUGAUGAAUCAGAUUCAGAUCUGUCUGAUGUUCCAGAACUGGAUUCUGAAAUUGAACAAGAGACACAGCUCACUUACCGUCGGCAGGUUUACAAAGAAGAUCUACCUCAGCUUAAAGAACAAUACAAAGAGAAACAAAAAAGUGGCACUUCUAAAAGAAGAGAGCGGGCUCCAGGAAAUAGUAUUCGAUUACACUUUGUUCAUGGUUACAGAGGUUAUGACUGUCGAAGUAAUCUGUUUUAUACUCAAAUUGGUGAAAUUGUGUACCAUGUGGCAGCAGUGGGUGUCAUUUAUAAUCGACAACAGAACACACAGCGCUUUUACCUGGGUCAUGAUGAUGAUAUUCUCUGCCUGGCUAUCCAUCCUGUGAAAGACUAUGUGGCAACAGGCCAGGUAGGUAGGGAUCCCUCAAUUCACAUAUGGGAUACAGAGACCAUUAAACCAUUGUCUAUAUUAAAGGGCUACCACCAGUAUGGUGUCUGUGCUGUUGAUUUCUCAGCGGAUGGGAAACGUUUGGCAUCUGUUGGAAUAGAUGAGAACCACACUGUUGUGCUGUGGGACUGGAAGAAAGGCGAGAAACUUUCAAUAGCAAGAGGCAGUAAAGAUAAGAUUUUUGUCGUAAAGAUGAAUCCCUACGUGCCUGAUAAAUUGAUUACGGCUGGAAUUAAACACAUGAAAUUUUGGCGUAGAGCAGGGGGAGGAUUGGUUGGCAGAAAAGGCUACAUAGGCACACUGGGGAAGAAUGAAACAAUGAUGUGUGCGGUGUAUGGAUGGACGGAAGAGAUGGCUUUUUCUGGAACGUCCACAGGAGAUGUGUGCAUCUGGAGAGACAUCUUUCUUGUAAAAACAGUUAAAGCACAUGAUGGGCCCGUGUUCAGUAUGCAUGCAUUGGAAAAGGGAUUUGUUACUGGAGGAAAAGAUGGUGUAGUCGCUCUUUGGGAUGACUCCUUUGAGAGAUGUCUCAAGACCUAUGCUAUAAAAAGAGCUGCUUUGGCCCCAGGAUCUAAAGGUCUUCUCUUGGAAGAUAACCCAUCUAUACGUGCCAUAUCGUUAGGACAUGGUCAUAUUUUAGUUGGCACAAAGAAUGGUGAAAUACUAGAAGUGGAUAAAAGUGGCCCAAUAACACUUCUGGUUCAGGGACACAUGGAAGGAGAAGUGUGGGGUUUGGCCACACACCCUUAUCUGCCCAUCUGUGCUACUGUAAGUGAUGACAAAACCUUGAGAAUAUGGGAUCUCUCUCCUAGUCACUGUAUGCUGGCUGUCCGGAAACUGAAAAAGGGUGGACGAUGCUGCUGUUUUUCUCCUGAUGGUAAAGCUUUAGCUGUAGGUCUCUGUGAUGGAAGCUUCUUAAUGGCAAAUGCAGAUACUCUUGAGGAUCUUGUAUCUUUUCACCACAGAAAAGAUAUUAUUUCAGAUAUCCGAUUCUCUCCAGGUUCUGGAAAAUAUCUCGCAGUAGCAUCCCAUGACAGCUUUGUGGAUAUCUACAAUGUAAUGAGCAGUAAACGAGUGGGAAUAUGCAAAGGCGCUACGAGUUAUAUCACCCAUAUUGACUGGGACAUUAGAGGAAAGCUCUUACAGGUUAACACUGGUGCUAAAGAACAGUUAUUCUUUGAAGCUCCCAGAGGGAAAAGACAAACCAUCCCCAGGAUGGAGGUAGAAAAAAUUGGUUGGGCAUCAUGGACAAGUGUGCUUGGUUUGUGCUGUGAGGGAAUUUGGCCAGUAAUUGGAGAAGUCACAGAUAUAACUGCCUCUUGCCUCACCCAUGACAAAAUGGUUCUAGCCACUGGGGAUGAUUUGGGAUUUGUGAAGUUAUUUAGAUAUCCUGCUAAAGGAAAAUUUGCAAAGUUUAAGAGGUAUGUGGCUCAUAGUACACAGGUCACAAAUGUGCGCUGGACUUGUGAUGACAGCAUGCUGGUGACCUUAGGAGGCGCGGAUAUGUCCUUAAUGGUUUGGACAAAUGAAAUGGAGGGCUCUCGAGAAAAAAGGCCUUGUGAUAGUGAAGAAUCUGAUACAGGCUCUGAAGAAGAUGGGGGCUACGACAGUGAUGUUACAAGGGAGAAUGAAAUCAGUUACACCAUCAGAGCCUUAUCAACAAAUAUUCGUCCAAUGUUUGGAAUCAAGCCUCAUUUGCAACAAAAAGAACCCUCAAUUGAUGAGAGGCAGGGGAUAGUAAGAGGUUCCAGGCCCCCCGUGAGCAGGGCCCCGCCACAGCCAGAGAAACUCCAGACAAACAAUGUUGGCAAGAAAAAAAGACCCAUAGAGGAUCUCAUGUUGGAGCUUGUUUUUGGCUAUCGAGGCAGAGACUGUAGGAAUAAUGUUCACUAUUUAAAUGAUGGUGAUGAUAUAAUUUAUCAUACUGCAUCCAUUGGAAUUCUGCACAAUGUUGCUACAGGAACUCAGAGUUUUUAUCAGGAACAUAAUGAUGAUAUUCUGUGCCUCACUGUAAAUCAGCAUCCCAAAUUCAUCAACAUAGUAGCAACUGGCCAAGUAGGUGAUUCAGCAGACAUGUCACCUACAGCUCCUUCUGUCCACGUCUGGGAUGCAGUGAACAAGCAGACGUUAGCUAUACUAAGAUGCUACCAUUCAAAGGGCGUGUGUUCAGUCAGCUUCAGUGCUACUGGCAAACUCUUGCUGUCUGUGGGACUAGACCCAGAACAUACUGUUACCAUUUGGAGAUGGCAGGAAGGUGCCAAAAUUGCCAGCAAAGCUGGUCACAACCAACGUAUUUUUGUGGCAGAAUUCCGACCAGACUCAGAUUCCCAGUUUGUCUCUGUGGGAGUAAAGCACGUGAAGUUCUGGACACUGGCAGGAAGGGCUCUUCUUAGCAAAAAAGGGCUGCUGAGCACACUCGAAGAUGCCCGGAUGCAGACCAUGCUGGCUGUUGCAUUUGGUGCAAAUAACUUGACGUUUACAGGUACCAUCAGUGGAGAUGUCUGCGUGUGGAAAGAUCACAUACUGUGUAGAGUUGUGGCCAGAGCCCACAACGGGCCUGUGUUUGCCAUGUACACCACCCUGCGAGACGGGCUGAUUGUGACUGGGGGCAAGGAAAGGCCGUCAAAAGAAGGAGGAGCAGUCAAACUGUGGGAUCAGGAGCUGAGGCGAUGCCGUGCCUUCCGGCUGGAGACGGGACAAGUCACAGAUUGCGUCCGUUCCGUGUGCAGAGGCAGAGGCAAGAUACUAGUUGGGACAAGGAAUGCUGAAAUAAUUGAAGUUGGAGAGAAAAAUGCAGCAUGUAAUAUUUUAGUUAAUGGUCAUGUGGACGGACCCAUAUGGGGACUUGCAACACAUCCUUCCAGGGAUUUUUUCCUCUCUGCUGCCGAAGAUGGGACAGUGAGACUCUGGGAUAUUGCUGAUAAAAAGAUGUUAAACAAAGUGAAUUUGGGACAUGCUGCUCGUACUGUGUGUUACAGCCCUGAAGGGGACAUGGUGGCUAUAGGAAUGAAAAAUGGAGAAUUUAUUAUUUUACUGGUGAGCUCUCUAAAAAUAUGGGGAAAGAAGAGAGACAGACGAUGUGCAAUCCAUGAUAUCAGAUUUAGUCCAGAUUGCCGGUUCCUGGCAGUGGGUUCUAGUGAGAACUCAGUGGAUUUUUAUGACCUGUCAUUGGGCCCCACCCUUAACAGAACCAGCUACUGCAAAGACAUCCCCAGCUUCGUCAUCCAAAUGGACUUCUCCGCAGACAGCAGAUACCUCCAGGUGUCCACUGGUUGCUAUAAACGGCAUGUCUACGAAGUGCCUUCGGGAAGACAUCUUACGGAUCAGGCUGCCAUUGAUAGAAUUACUUGGGCUACAUGGACUAGCAUUCUAGGAAGUGAAGUUAUGGGAAUCUGGUCCAGGCACGCUGAGAAAGCAGAUGUCAACUGUGCCUGUGUGUCUCAUUCAGGAAUCAGCCUUGUGACAGGAGAUGACUUUGGCAUGGUUAAGUUAUUUGACUUCCCAUGCCCUGAAAAAUUUGCAAAGCAUAAAAGGUUCUUAGGUCAUUCACCCCAUGUGACAAAUAUUCGGUUUACCAGUGGUGAUCGACACGUGAUUAGUGCUGGAGGUGAUGACUGCAGUUUGUUUGUCUGGAAGUGUGUACACACGCCCCAUUGAAAGACAUGGAUGCUGGGAAGACUGAAAAAACAGCCUUGAGAAACCAGAAUUACAGACGAGGGAGAAGUCAAGUGGUGCUAAUUUAAGAUUGUAACAGGGAUAUGCCCAGAAUCAUCAAAAUAUAAGAUGGAUAAGUUCAAAAUAUUUAUUAUAUGCACUGAGUAACUGUAAUCCAUACACUGCCAGAUAAUUACAAUUCAAGGAAGGACAAAAUAAAUACUUAAUAGUGAGAGCCAACCCCCAUUUGGGGGAAGUGUGCAAAUUUGGCAGACCUGCUGGCGAGGCAAACCAAAACCUUAAAAACCCAACUCGGAUUAUUUUCAUCAUCCUUUAACACAACACUUUCCUUUUAGAAAGUUUGUGGUUCACAGUUUAAGUGAAAUAUAUCCUUAUGUUUCUGUAAGGAAAGGAAACACACCAUCACCCUAAAGGAUGUUUUUAAAAGGCAAACCUUAUUUUCCCUGAGGAGACACACACAAGCUUCCCUGGAGGACAUACUACUUCUGCAGCAUCAAGAAAAGCCCUUUUUAUAAAUGAUAGUGUUCUCCUGGCAUUUGUAGUACAGGGACAAAUCCAAAGUUAUUAGCAUAUGAUUGCUACAUUUUCAUUUUUUGAGCUAUCCAUCUUCAUCUUUAUUCAGAAGUUAUUUCUAUAUUUGAAAAGUUAAAAUUAUAGCCUCAAUGAAAAAGUAGUAUGAUGAACAUCAUUUCCAACUGUGUACUGUUUUUUAAGGUUUUAGAUAGCAAUAGUAUUUAAGUGGGAGAGCAUACUGAAUAUUUAAAGAUAUACUCCAAUAGAAACAUGUUUAACAUGUAAACUAAAGAGUUAAAUUCACAUUUACAAAGUUAUACAAUUUAGUUAAAUUCUUGAAAAAAUAUUUUUACAGCUUUUUAUUUUUUUAAUUGGAAAAUCCGUUUAGAUGUAUGCCACCCAUAGCCAACUUCCAAAAGGAAUGAAUACAAGUUCACUUUUCAAACUUGUCUAUUUCUUUUUGGUGGGUUGGGGCUGAACUCUUAGAUCUUUAUUCCUAUUCACUUUAAAUGCUGCCAAAGAUCAGUAUUUGCCAUUCAGGAAUAUGCUGUUUAGCCUAUCUGUAGUUUCCUGAAGAUUGGAAAUUAUGUAAACUGAUAUUUAAAAAUAUAUUUUUCUAAGUGUGAAGAAGAUUAUGAUGCUCUAUUGGUCCUAUGAAUUUUUAUUUUAAUGUGUUAUCUUUGUAGCAUAGUAGGCCCCUUCAGGUGUCUGGAAAUCUUAGUUUUGUAUGUCCAACGCCUUGUAAAUACUAAAAACAGAAAUGGUCAAAUUA